UCCCGCGAGAUUUGAAAUGAAGCCGCUUCGAUUCAAACUUGAAGGGCUGGAUCCACUCCUCCAGGUCUCCGCGCCAGAGAAUGGCUGUGCUUAAUCAGACGUCUGUCUUGGACAUGAUUAAAGAGUUUAGAAGGAAUUGGCAUGCUCUCUGUGGCUCUGAGAGAACCACUCUCUGUGGUGCAGACUCCAUGCUUUUGGCCCUGCAGCUCUCCAUGGCAGAAAACAACAAACAGCAAAAUGGAGAAUUUACAGUCUCUCUCAGUGAUGUCUUACUGACAUGGAAAUACUUACUACAUGAGAAACUGAACUUGCCCAUUGAAAGUAUGAAAGUGGUUGACCACUAUGAAGACAUUAAGAAGACUUACAAUGAUUUCUUGAAGAAUAGUAAUAUGCUAGAUCUGAUUGAUGUUUAUAAAAAAUGCAGGACUUUGAUGUCUGAUUGUGAAAAAAAUAACACGAUAUCCUCUAUUGAACUCUGGGACUUUCUGUCUGGCAAAGAGUUUGCAGUAGAUGAUGAAACUAAUAUUCAUGUGCCAACAUCACCAGUGAAAUGCCACCAGGAUGAUGAAAAGGUACGUCUAUUAGCAAAGAAGAUUUUCUUUUCAUAUUUGAACCUACUAGUGAAUUCAAAGAAUGACCUGGCUCUGGCUCAUAUUCUCAAUAUUCCGGAUAGAGGACUGGGAAGAGAUGCCUUCACCAAUUUGAAACAUGCGGCUCGAGAAAAACAGAUGUCUAUCUUUUUGGUGGCCACAUCAUUUAUUAGAACAUUAGAGCUCGGAGGGAAAGGCUAUGCACCCUCACCAUCAGAUCCGUUACGGGCACAUGUGAAAGGAUUGUCAGAGUUGAUUCAUUUUAUUGACAAGUUAGAUGAAAUUCUUGGAGAAAUACCAAAUCCAAGCCUUGCAGGGGGUCGGAUACUAUCCGUGAUAAAGAUGCAGCUGAUCAAAGGCCAAAGCAGUGGGGAUCCCUUUUAUAAAGCAGUAGAAGAAGUUGUUGAAGAUUUGCAUUUGAGGAUUAAAAACAUUAUCAGUUCUGAACAAGAUGUAGCUGUUAGCACCACUGACAUCAGUCCUGCACGGCCAAAAUCUCAUGCCAUAAACCACGGCACUGCAUACUGUGGCAGAGAUACUGUGAAAACUUUACUGGUUCUUUUGGAUGAAGAAGCAGCCAGUCCUCCCACGAGAAAUAAAGCAGAUCUUUUAUAUGAUGAUGAAAGCACAGUUCAUCAUGCUGGGACUUCUGUUCUUACACUUUUUAGGUCUCCCACACAAGUGACCAAUGCACCAAUUAAACCGCUAAGAGAACGCAUCCAUAAGUCAAUGCAAGAGGAAAAAUUUAAGAUGAAACAAACCUUAAUCAGAUCACAGUUUGCUUGUACUUAUAAAGAUGACUGUGUGAUGGGCAAGGGAAAAUGGAAUGCCAAUUCAUCCUCAAAGCCAUUGUGUGCUCUUUACUUGGAAAGUGACCUCUCCGCAGAAGGUACACAUUCAUCUGUUGGAAGAACAAAAGUUGACACAAGCUCUGAAAAUGUGCAUUUGGACCAAAGUGAGAUUAACAGACUAUCAAGAAAAUCAAGUAGUCAUACAGUAAAUAAAAGCUCAAAAAGGAAACAGGUAGAUCUGGACAGAGAAAAUAUUCACUGUGAUGAUGGAAGUGUACUAGGUCAGCGUAAAAAUAUUAAGAUACCUAAAACCUCAAACGAUUCACAGAAGAAAUUAGGUAGCAAACUAACCAAAGUGGAAAAAGGCAGUAGGUGUACUGCCAAGGACAAACUGAUUGCAGGCCAGACCAAGUUAACUCAGUUUUUUAGGCUAUGAUUUUGUUUUCUAUAUACUUUAGAUUUAUGUAUGUAUAAAAUGAUUCAACAAAGCCAAGUUUUCAAAGAUCAAGAUGUACAUUUUGAUACUUUGUUAUUUUGAGAAGUAUAUGUAAGACUCACAUGUUAACCAUUGUUCAAAAAUGACCAGUAAGUCAUAAUUAUGCAGAAUUUUCACAAAGUUUAAUGCACAAAACAAAGCAUAUCAUUUAGGUCAUGACAUAUCUUAAUACUAGUUUCCUUUACAACAGACAUUUAGAAUAAUAAACAAGUUAUAUUAACAUUAAGGGCUUUUCUCUCCAGUUGCAAUUAAUUGUUUUUUAUCUUCUGAAAAGAUGAUGUGGACCAACAGGCAUCAGACUUGCCAACAAGGUCGGUAGACUCUUCCCAGCAUACACCUGAGCACUGAAAGGGAAAAAAAAGAUUGACUUGUUUAAAGAACUAUAACACAGCCUUACCGAUCAAUUCUAAGAUUCUCUAUACUGUUUUUGACUUUAAAAAUAACUUAGAUACACGUUUAUGUGAAGAAACAACCUUUUUAGGUAGGAUCCCUUCUUUAGGAUGGGGAAAUGACCUGGCAUGUAUAAAAAAUUAAAAAAAAAACAUAGACCUAUUAUUAUAACUAAUUCUGAAUGGACCAAAAUUACAAUUACUAGAUUAUUUUUAAUUUUACAUUUCGACAGGGGUCAUUUACUAUCUAGUGGAUUUGAACCAUGGUCUUAUUUGAUUUUUUUUAUAAGAUCCAAAUCAGUUAAGCUCAGAGCUCUUUUUAUGUAAGAAGUGAAUAUUAAAAAGGCUACUCACUGUCAAAAUCUCUCCUUCCUAUUGGAAAUUUAGCUGAGUUUUCUUCAUCCCCAAUUUCUCUCUUUUCUUGUGUUAAUUCAGUAUUCUGAACUCCAUUCUCAGCUGGAAAAGCUACUGAUCCUUUCAGUGCAAGAUAAGGUUUGAUAGCCAGGUUCAGUGGCAGACCAUGAUUUAUGAAAUUAUGUUUGGAGCCUGUGUUCUGUAAAGAGAAGGUUAAUUUGUAUUUUAGCUGUCUUCUUCAGAAUAGAGCUAUCAUAUAAUCGUCUAACAUCCUUAAUGAUCAAUUUAAAGAUGCUCUGUACUGUUUUUGCCUCUAAAAAUAACAGGUACAAGUUUAUUGGGAGAAACAACCUUUUUAGAUAAGAUCCCUUCUUUAGGAUGGGGAAUCCUGUGUUAUAUAUCUUAAUGCAUAUUGGGACUAUAUUUGCAUGCAUUUUUAUUUAUAAAAAUAUCAAUUUUGUAUUAGAUUUUAUAAGUCAUUUAUAUUUCCAUUUCAAUAAAAGAUAUGCUACA